CAAAUGACUGGGUCUUCACGCGUUAGUCAAUAGUCAAUCACGAAAGAUCGCCAAAAUGGCGACUACGUGUGAUUCGAAGGCGCCUUUGCGCCAAGUAAAAAGAGUACAGUUUGGUAUUUUAUCGCCAGAUGAAAUCCGACGGAUGUCAGUUACAGAAGGGGGCAUACGCUUCCCUGAAACCAUGGAAGGAGGAAGACCAAAGCUCGGUGGCCUCAUGGAUCCUCGACAAGGGGUGAUAGAUAGGACAUCCAGAUGUCAAACCUGUGCAGGGAACAUGACCGAAUGUCCUGGUCAUUUUGGACACAUAGACUUGGCAAAACCAGUGUUUCACAUUGGAUUCAUAACAAAGACUAUAAAAAUUUUGAGAUGUGUCUGCUUUUACUGUUCAAAACUUCUUGUCAGCCCGACAAAUCCAAAAAUUAAAGAAGUGGUUAUGAAAUCAAAGGGUCAGCCUCGUAAAAGGUUGACAUAUGUUUAUGAUUUAUGUAAAGGAAAAAAUAUUUGUGAAGGUGGUGAAGACAUGGAUAUUGGAAAGGAAGGUGAAGAAGGUAAAAGGGGAACAGGCCAUGGUGGUUGCGGUCAUUACCAACCAUCUAUAAGGAGACAAGGUUUAGAUCUUACGGCAGAAUGGAAACAUGCUAAUGAAGACACUCAAGAAAAGAAAAUAACAAUAACAGCAGAAAGAGUUUGGGAAAUACUUAAACAAAUUACAGAUGAAGAAUCUUUUAUCCUGGGUAUGGAUCCUAAGUUUGCAAGACCAGAUUGGAUGAUUGUUACUGUAUUGCCAGUACCACCUCUUUCUGUAAGACCUGCUGUAGUUAUGUUUGGAUCAGCCAAAAAUCAAGACGAUUUGACUCACAAACUUGCUGACAUUAUAAAAGCUAACAAUGAGCUGAUGAGGAAUGAACAGACAGGAGCUGCAGCCCACGUACUUGCAGAUAAUAUUAGAAUGCUACAAUUUCAUGUUGCAACAUUUGUGGAUAAUGAUAUGCCAGGAAUGCCAAAAGCUAUGCAGAAAUCAGGAAAACCACUCAAAGCUAUUAAAGCACGAUUAAAAGGAAAAGAAGGAAGAAUUAGAGGAAAUCUUAUGGGAAAACGAGUUGACUUUUCAGCUCGAACUGUAAUCACACCUGAUCCAAAUUUACGUAUUGAUCAAGUAGGAGUACCAAGAUCAAUAGCUCAAAAUUUGACAUUCCCUGAAUUAGUUACACCAUUUAACAUUGACAGAAUGCAAGAACUAGUGAGAAGAGGUAAUGCACAAUAUCCUGGUGCAAAAUAUAUUGUACGUGACAAUGGAGAGAGAAUUGAUUUAAGGUUUCAUCCAAAACCCUCGGAUCUACAUUUACAAUAUGGCUAUAAAGUUGAACGUCAUUUGAGAGAUGAUGAUUUGGUGAUCUUCAACCGGCAACCCACUCUACACAAAAUGAGUAUGAUGGGUCACAGAGUAAAAGUAUUGCCUUGGUCAACAUUCCGUAUGAAUUUGAGUUGCACAUCACCAUAUAAUGCUGAUUUUGAUGGAGAUGAAAUGAAUCUUCAUGUACCACAGUCAAUGGAAACCCGUGCAGAGGUUGAGAACAUCCACAUAACACCCAGACAGAUUAUUACACCACAAGCCAAUAAGCCCGUCAUGGGUAUUGUACAAGAUACGCUUACAGCUGUGAGAAAAAUGACAAAAAGGGAUGUUUUUCUUACAAAAGAACAGGUUAUGAAUCUUCUCAUGUUCUUACCCACAUGGGACGGUAAAAUUCCGCAACCUUGUAUAUUAAAACCGACACCUCUUUGGACUGGUAAACAAAUUUUUACUUUAAUUAUUCCUGGAAAUGUAAACAUGGUUCGAACACAUUCCACCCAUCCAGAUGAGGAAGAUGAUGGGCCAUACAAAUGGAUUUCACCAGGGGACACAAAAGUUGUUGUAGAACAUGGAGAGUUGCUAAUGGGUAUUUUGUGUAAGAAGUCUUUGGGUGCUUCUGCUGGUUCACUUUUACAUAUUUGCAUGUUAGAGUUAGGACACGAAACUGCUGGUCGUUUCUAUGGCAACAUUCAAACAGUAAUUAACAACUGGCUACUUCUGGAAGGUCAUUCAAUUGGUAUAGGAGACACUAUUGCUGAUCCUCAAACAUACCAAGAAAUCCAACGUGCGAUCGUAAAAGCCAAAGACGACGUAAUAGAGGUUAUUCAAAAAGCUCAUAAUAUGGAGUUAGAGCCGACACCUGGUAACACAUUGAGGCAGACUUUCGAAAAUCAAGUAAAUCGCAUAUUGAACGAUGCUCGUGACAAAACUGGUGGUUCAGCUAAAAAAUCUCUCACUGAGUACAACAACCUCAAAGCUAUGGUGGUGUCUGGUUCUAAAGGAUCCAAUAUUAACAUCUCUCAGGUUAUUGCUUGUGUAGGACAGCAAAACGUUGAAGGUAAACGAAUACCAUUUGGUUUUCGUAAAAGAACCUUGCCACAUUUCAUCAAAGAUGAUUAUGGUCCAGAAUCCAGAGGGUUUGUUGAAAACUCUUAUCUUGCAGGCUUAACGCCAUCAGAGUUCUAUUUCCACGCUAUGGGUGGGCGUGAAGGUCUUAUUGAUACUGCUGUAAAAACAGCUGAAACUGGAUAUAUUCAGCGUCGUCUUAUAAAGGCUAUGGAGUCUGUAAUGGUACAUUAUGAUGGUACAGUCCGUAAUUCUGUAGGGCAACUUAUUCAGUUGCGUUACGGUGAAGACGGAUUAGCUGGUGAAACAGUAGAAUUUCAAAAUCUACCGACCAUUAAACUGUCAAACAAAGCAUUUGAAAAGAAGUUCAAAUUCGAUCCAACAAAUGAAAGAUACCUCAAGAGAAUUUUCAGUGAAGAUAUAAUUAAAGAACUAACAGAAUCUGGCUAUGUUAUUGCUGAUUUAGAAAGUGAAUGGGAUCAAUUAGGGAAAGAUAGACAAGUGUUACGUGAAAUCUUCCCAAGUGGAGAAUCUAAAGUUGUGCUGCCUUGUAAUUUCAGAAGAAUGAUUUGGAAUGUCCAAAAAAUUUUCCAUAUCAAUAAAAGAUCACCUACUGACCUGAGUCCUAUAAAAGUGAUUCAGGGUGUAAAAGAUUUAUUAAAGAAGUGUGUUAUUGUGGCUGGUGAAGAUAGACUUUCUAAGCAAGCUAAUGAGAAUGCCACAUUGCUAUUCCAGUGUCUUGUAAGGUCUACUUUGUGUACCAAAUUUGUGUCAGAAGAUUAUAGGCUAUCAACUGAGGCAUUUGAAUGGUUGAUAGGAGAAAUAGAAACUCGUUUCCAACAAGCACAAGUAAAUCCAGGUGAAAUGGUUGGAGCCUUAGCUGCUCAAUCUUUAGGAGAACCAGCCACGCAAAUGACAUUGAAUACUUUCCACUUUGCUGGUGUGUCAUCCAAAAACGUAACCCUUGGUGUACCACGUCUUAAGGAAAUUAUCAAUAUUUCCAAAAAACCUAAAGCUCCUUCCCUUACCGUUUUUCUUACUGGUGGUGCAGCCCGAGAUGCCGAAAAGGCUAAGAAUGUUCUGUGUCGACUUGAGCAUACGACACUGCGAAAAGUCACCGCUAAUACUGCUAUUUACUAUGAUCCAGAUCCACAAAAUACUGUUAUUGCUGAAGAUCAAGAGUUUGUUAAUGUGUACUAUGAAAUGCCUGAUUUUGAUCCCACAAAAAUUUCACCGUGGUUAUUACGUAUUGAAUUAGAUCGUAAAAGGAUGACAGAUAAGAAACUUACUAUGGAACAAAUAGCAGAAAAAAUUAAUGCUGGUUUUGGUGAUGAUUUGAAUUGCAUUUUCAAUGACGAUAAUGCUGAAAAGCUGGUACUUCGUAUAAGGAUAAUGAACAAUGAGGAAAGCAAAUUCCAGGACAAUGAUGAGGAAACAGUUGAUAAGAUGGAGGAUGAUAUGUUCCUGAGAUGUAUAGAGGCUAAUAUGCUUUCUGAUAUGACACUGCAGGGUAUUGAAGCUAUUGCAAAAGUGUAUAUGCAUUUACCACAGACUGAAGCUAAAAAACGUAUUAUUAUUACGGAACAGGGUGAAUUUAAAGCCAUUGCUGAAUGGUUGUUGGAAACUGAUGGAACAUCCUUAAUGAAAGUACUUUCUGAACGUGAUGUAGAUCCAGUCAGAACCUUCAGUAACGAUAUUUGUGAAAUUUUCCAAGUUCUGGGUAUUGAAGCUGUACGUAAAUCUGUGGAAAAAGAAAUGAAUGCUGUGUUACAAUUCUAUGGGCUGUACGUAAACUAUCGACACUUGGCUUUGCUUUGUGACGUCAUGACUGCUAAAGGUCAUCUUAUGGCUAUCACUCGUCACGGCAUUAACAGGCAGGACACAGGUGCCUUGAUGAGAUGUUCUUUUGAAGAAACAGUAGAUGUUCUAUUAGAUGCAGCAAGUCACGCUGAAGUGGAUCCGAUGAGAGGAGUCUCAGAAAAUAUUAUUAUGGGUCAACUUCCAAGAAUGGGAACAGGUUGCUUUGAUUUACUGCUUGAUGCUGAGAAAUGUAAACAUGGUAUGGAGAUGGGUGGUCUCGGUGUUGGUAUGGGAGUCGGCGGAGGAAUGUUCUUUGGAGUCGGCACGCCUUCCAUGACCCCAUUGAUGACUCCGUGGUCAAAUCAAAACACGCCUGGAUAUGGAAGCAGUGUUUGGUCUCCUGGUCAAGUCGGUAGCAGCAUGACACCAGGGCCAUCAUUUUCACCAUCUGGUGCGUCAGACGCGUCGGGCAUGUCGCCGUCAUACAGCGCGUGGUCUCCGCAGCCCGGCUCGCCCGGCUCGCCUGGAGCUCCACUUUCCCCGUACGCUUCUCCCGCGGGAGCCUCGCCAUCUUACUCCCCCACCAGUCCCGUAUACGUCGGCGCUUCGCCCAGCCUCACGCCGACAUCACAGCACUACUCGCCCACGAGCCCAUCCUACUCGCCCACAUCGACACACUAUUCUCCGACCUCGCCGAUCUUCACUCCAACCUCGCCCGGCUAUUCUCCUACUUCACCUGGAUAUUCGCCGACGUCACCGUCGUAUUCACCGACUUCGCCAAGCUAUUCACCCACAUCUCCGAGUUAUUCACCUACUAGUCCGGCGUAUUCACCAACAUCGCCCAGCUAUUCGCCGACAUCCCCAAACUACUCGCCGACCAGCUCGUCUUAUUCGCCCACAAAUCCCUCUUAUUCACCUACGAGCAGAGUAUACUCGCCUACAUCUCCUGCUUACUCUCCGUCGUCUCCUAGUUAUUCCCCCAACGGGCCGGUGUACAGCCCAGCUUCGCACAGCUAUUCACCAUCGUCACCCAAUUACACAUCGGCCUCUCCGGCUUAUUCGCCUACAAGUCAUUCGUAUACACCAACAUCGCCGCAGUAUUCCCCAACCUCACCAAGCUACACACCAUCGUCUCCAAAGUACUUUCCGACGUCUCCAAAGUAUUCGCCGACGUCGCCCUCUUUAUCUGGAGGAAGUCCAACUUAUUCCAGUCCCCAAUAUUCUCCCACAAGCCCACAAUAUUCACCCAGUCCAGCAUAUUCCCCAUCUUCCCCGCAGCACCCUGGCAGCACUCAUUAUUCACCAUCAUCUCCAAACUACUCUUCAUCAUCACCCAACUAUUCAUCGCCAGGUUACUCUCCGUCUUCAACCAAGUAUUCCCCUACGUCGCCAACAUUUACACCGACAUCCCAUAAUUAUUCUCCCCUAUCUCCUGCUUACUCGCAAUCAUCUGGCGGUCCUUCGACUUAUUCUCCUACUUCUCCUACUUUUACACCAACGUCACCUACAUAUGAUGAUGGUGAUGAUUAAACUUAAAAUGAAAAUUAUGUGAGUGUAAUUCACCUAAAAGGUUAAAAAUAUGGCACUAAGCAUACAAAUAUUUUAUUGUUAUUUGAAUAUUUUUACUUAUCAUUUUCUUGUGUAAGUUUCAUGCACAAUAUUAAAUAAUAUUCAAGAGACCCUAUAUCACUAACUUUUCCUGGUCCAAAAGAUGUCUCCUCGAUGCAAAGAUCAACAUCAUAAUUAUAAUUAUGUAUAAGCAUUAAUUUUGUUAUAUUUUAAAGAAUUAUAUAAAAAUAUUCAAACUAUUUUGGAUAAAAAAAAAAUUACAAAACAUCUUCUAAGUUAUAAAAACGUUUGAAAUGUAAUCUGAAUAACAAAAAAAGUGAUUAUGAUUGCAAUCAUAAUUACCUAUUAGGAUAUAAAUGUUAAUUAAAUAAGUGUUUCAAAAAUAAAGAAUUUGUAAUAAUUGA